AUGGCGUCUUCAUCAUACCCAGCUGGGAAGACCUUCUUUAGCACUGUCAAGAAAUCCUACGUGGAUGUACCGGUGGAUCAGAGCAAAGACAAUGCCGUGUCUACAUCUGAAUUUCUAGAAGCGAAUGAGUCUCUCCUAAGUCUAUUUGACCUUCUCGGCUCCGGAGCCUUCUCUCUUGUCACCAAAGAUCUCGCCAACAAUAUUAAGAAGGUUCGGACAAGACAGCUUGAGAAGCCUGCCGAGUCGGAGACAAUUCAAGAUCUGGUCAAGAAUGAGAUAAAGGAUGGCAAGAGCACAGCUACCGAGGGUCUUUUGUGGCUCCUCCGUGGUCUCGAGUUCGCUUCUGCAUCUAUCGGACUGAACCUGACCAAGCCCGACAAAGAACUCGGCCCCUGUUUCCAGGAAGGCUACGGAAACACACUAAGCAAUCACCAUGGAGCUGCUGUGAAGAUUGUUGUUAAGCCACUACUUGGGCAACUGCCAUACCGAAAGGACUUCUACGCUAAGCUAGGAGCAGACCACGAGCUUGUAGAGGCUGAGAUGAAAGCUUGGGUGGAGGCAUUCCAAAAGAUCGUUGACAUACUGCAGACAUUCAUGCAAAGUCCGCUUGUCCAGAAUGGUCUGCCUAAAAAGAAAGGCUGGUUCUGA